AUGUGGUGUGUAGCCUUGUUAGUGUUUGGUUUUCUUCGACAAACAUUGGGUGCACCAGCAGAGAAGCCAGUCCUACUCUUCUCCUGUCCACGUAACGCAGAAUGCUAUGCUUAUCCUCCAAAUUGUGUUGAUAACUGCAAUGCAGCAUUUAGUAUGCAACCUGUAGGAAAGAACAAGACAACUUUUAACAUAGCAAUGUUGUCAGGGUUAGGGUAUGUCGCUGUGCUGGCAAAAUACCAGGGCAAAGAGAAAUACGAAAGAGCCUUCAUAUGUUCAUUCCAUCAUCCAAGAGGUAUCACAGCGAACGUUAACUAUCCGAAUCCAAUUGUAGUCCGCGAGCCAUUGCAUAUCGAUGAACCAGUAAAAGUGCCAGUCGUACGGGAAUAUUCAUUGGGUGAAGACGAAAACGAUGACAAGACCUCUGAGCCAUUGCAUAUCGAUGAACCAGUAAAAGUGCCAGUCGUACGGGAAUAUUCAUCGGGUGAAGACGAAAACGAUGACAAGGCCUCUGAGACAUAUGCCCAGAAAAAUCAAUUUGAUAGAAAACUGAAGGAAGAAGAUGAGCAAAAGAAGAGGGAUUCCUUGAAAAGAAAGAUUAUAAAAGAGAUGGAGGAGGGAAGAUAA